AUGAAUACAUCAAAUAAUUUAUUUUUAUUUUUAAUUGUACUUUUAGCUACUCAAUCUUUUACUAUCUGUUUAAAAACCGAAAUAAAAUUCUAUUUAAACAAUGUACCAACAUUGUUUCGAUGUAAAAAAAAUGGACCAUUAUUUUACUUUGAUCAUUUUCCAGAUGAUGAUAUAUUGUACGAAGCAUUAAAAAUAGAAAAUAGUCUUGUAUGCGAUUUAUCAUUAGCAUCCAUAGAUCGACGUGCUAUUGUUGAUGUUACAAGACUAGAUUUGUUAUGUGAAAUUCUUCAUGGAAAAAGACAUGUCAAUGAAUUUCUUCUUUUUUUAUCUAAAUGUUCAAAAGAUUUAUGUAAGAAAUCGAUUCCAUCAACAGCAACAAUAAUAACUGAAUAUAAAACGGGACAUAUAAACAUUGAACGAAUAAAUUUAAUUUUUCAUGAGUCUCAUCCAAGUCAAUUAUUGAUUGAUUAUUAUCCAUCACAGUCCGAAACUCACUUAGAUCAUAAUAUGAUUUAUAAAGCUGUUGAAGAAUUUGAAGCAACUAAUUCGAAAGGAAUUCGUAUAUUAUUAAGAAAAUUCGAUGCUAGUCCAGAUAAUUCUUCAUCAAUAAAUAAACCAAUUAAUGUUGAUUUAUCAAAAUAUUCAACAUGGAUUUUAUUAUUUAUGAUUUUAUUGACAUGUAUCUGUGCAUGUUGUUAUAUUAGUAAAAACAAGACGAAAACGAAACAAAUGAAAAUUAGUAAUAGGUCGUCGGAACAAUCACAGUAUUCCCACGAAACACUAGACGAUAUCUUUAAUGAGUAA